GAGCACGAGAGGAGCAGCCGACACAGACGCUGAACUGAGUUAUUGCACCGUCUGCAGGCUUUGCCACUGAAGAUGCGCUCACUGUAAAUCCUACGAGCCACGCAGCACACUCGUAGGGUAAAUAGUGUCCAGGACAGGGGUCUGGUUUCUCUUAUUUAAUAUAAUUGUGCGUGCUUACACCGGACGUGUUUGCGGCUUCUGCUCCUCGCUGCGUGCGCGCUCUCUUUGUGAACCUGCUGAGCGAAGCCCUCGCGCUCUGGGGGCUGCCCGGCUUUCUGAAUGGGAUGCGCGGUGGUCUACAGCACAGCUGGCAUUGAGGAACAGGACGGUUCCGUCGGGACGCCCUAAAGUGGAGACGACCUACAAGGUGGAGAAGGACAAAAGGAGCUGCUUUUCUAUUUAAAACCGAAUCAAGAAUUCCAUGUUAUAAACGGAACCACCACCACCACCCAACUCCAGCCCCGCCCGAACUCCGCCCACCCCGCCAUGCCCAUCCUCAAGCAGCUGGUGGGCUCCUCCCAGACCAAGCGGCGCUCCCGCAUGGACCUGACCCGCGAGAUGAUCAGCUCGCCGCUCGGCGACUUCCGCCACACCAUGCACGUGGGCCGCAGCGGCGACGCCUUCGGAGACACCUCCUUCCUCAGCAGCCGCUCGGGCGAGCCUGCGCCGCCGCCGGAGACGCCCCCGGCCUACCCCCACUCGCCCCGCCCGGGCCUGCUGUCCCGCACCUUCCGCAGCAGCAAGCGCUCCCAGUCGGUGACCCGCGUGGACCAGCGCGACGGGCUGGCCUCGCCCGGCGGGCCGUCCCCCGCCCACGUGAAGAACGCCAUGUCCCUGCCCUUCCUCAACGACGAGGACUGCGUCGACGGCGUGGCCACCCGCAGCCUCACGUCCAGCCCCUUGAGGCACGUCGGGGGUAGCGGGCGCGCGUACAACGGCAACGCCGCCGCCGCCGGGGCGUGCCAGGGGCUGGAACUGGAGGAGAGGAGCUUCGGGGAGCUGACGGACCUUCCGGAGACGGCGACCUCCCCGUACCGGGGCGGCGGCAUGAAGCGGGCCGAGUCGGUCAUGUCGUUCCACAUCGACCUGGGGCCCUCCAUGCUGGGGGACAUCCUGGACGUGAUGGAGAAGGAGGACGAUGACCUGGGCUACGAGGAGGGCAAGAGCAGCGAGGGCCACGCCUCGCCGCCCCUCAGCACCGUGGGCGAGGGGGACGACAGCGUGGCCGGCGGCGGCGGACUCGGGGGGCCGGGAGAGUUGGAGGCCAACGCCGAGGAGGAGGAGGAGGAUGAGGAAGAGGCGAGGCUGCAGAACGACUCCAUGCACGCAGGCAGCUCCGUGGACCUGGGGCCCGAGAGCGGGGGCCCGUACACGCCGCAGUACACCCCCGAGGCCCGGCCCAAGCUCCCGCGGCACCUGGACAGCUGCUCCAUGUCCAGCUCGGGCUCCGCCCCCGUGGAGGGCGAGCGGCCGGGGGGCGGGGCCUACGCGGGGGACACGGACAGCGCCACCUUCAGCGCCCCGCCCGAGGAGGAGAGCGCCUUCUCGUCGUUCCUGGAGGACGAUGACGACGAGAUCGGUGUUUGAGGUUGGCACCGGACCCCCCCCCCGGUCCUCCUGUCUGGGUGGGGGAGACCCUGAGCUCUGACACCAACACCACAUGUCGGAGCUCUCGCCCUCUCUUCCCAUCCCCCUUGUGCAUUAAUCUCACGGCCGGUCUGACAAACUCACUGGCCCUCUUUUUGAACACUGUGCGAACUGACUUGGGGGGGGGGGGGGGGGGUGGGGUGUGUGUGUAAGGAGCUGCUCGUCAAAUAUGGAUCAUUCCCGGGAUUAAGCUGAAGGAAGGUGUCGGCAGGAGGCAUCGUCAAAUAAACACAACUGACACCUCCAAGCUUAUUUUACGCCGUCUCCCACCUCAGCCAGAACUAGACUCAAAAGAAAAGUGGACAGUUUCUAACAGCAUAUGCCUCGGUUCUGUCUGUCCCGAUCUCCCUAACGUCGACGGGCGCCUCAUCGCAGUGCAGAGAGGUGCUGCUGUGUGAGGGUUCACACCUUCACCAGCGGUGCAUAACUUGCCGGGACAAGAGCGGAAACCAGGACUCCACUCGUAGCGACAUGUAUCCGGAGAGUGCCGUUACACAUCUGUCACGCAAGUGCUAUGACAUAUCCUUUUUGCCUUUUUUGUAGUUUCCUGCGCCACUGCUGCCAACCCCCGUGUCCCCUUACCUUGCCUUAUAGCUAAACAGUUUACUCUGUGGGGCCAGGCUGUCCUCUGUAGCGUUAUUGUGGAUUAACAAAUGGCCGAGCCACAAGAGCUAAUGGGAACGUGUCGAGUGGUGUACACACAAGCACUGGGUGGGGGACAAACCUCGCAGAAAAGCCUACAGGAAACAGCCUACUUUUCCUUUCGUGUUGUUUGAGGUCAUCGGUAAGCAGGGCAUGAUCAGACAGAGAGCAGGUUUGAACUGAUGUGAAACAGGCAUCUCCUUGCCACCUGUUGUCUGCGGUCACGUUGAAACGGAGCCCUGCUCAAACACCACUUCCUCCCUUUUUCGAGGUUAUGAGUGUACAUGACGACGAACUGGAACCAUGCAAAAUGUCUACAACAGAUGCUCAACUUCCUGUUGGCCUUCCGGAGCCAUUUAUGUCAAAGAAAACGCAGGGUUUAUAGUUUAUGCACAACAACUAGAAUACAAAACCGUGCUGCCAAUCCGCAAAACCCAUAACUCUGGACACUACUUCUGUUUUUUUGUUGUGAGUCCUUUAUCUUAAAGUUUGUUUUUGUCUGUAUGUAACAAGAUACAUGGUCUUAAAUAAUAAAGUCUUUAAAGAUUAUGGGUUGUUGUUUUUUUUUCUUUUCCUGUAGUCUGCAGGAGUCUGUGUCAUGUCAACUUGAGUCAAUCUGUAGACGUGUUUAAAACCCAGUGAAUCUACGGAAACCAGGCUGAGGGAGGAGAGAUUACCGCCAGCGCCACGUCAAGAGACAUGAGUGAUGUGCAAAGCCAACUUUCUAGUCAUAAAUAAUCUCGGUUACGGGCCUUCCUGUUUUGAGAUGCUGUCAAAUGUGUCACACUGUCUUCUCGAUGAUUAAUCACUGCUGACUUUAAUUUAUCAACUGUUGCGGCUUGAUGAAUACAAUGCGUGUUGAAUGACAUAUUGUUCUUUAAACUCGAUCCCCUGUAGAGAGGGAAGGAUAUAAUGAUGACAGGAGCGGUAGAGGUGGAACUCCACUGACGGAAACAUUGGCUAUAUCGCGUUGGAUGGUUUAUUCGAUUUGUGCACCGCGUUUAGCAGUCGCGUCUGGAACGACUCAUGGGCAAAGUGUUUUCCAAAGUUGUGCAUUAAUGGGGUGUUCUUUUUCUGACACUGUUUUGUAUGCCGUUUGACUUACUAUUUCGUAUCUUUGAAAGAAUAAUGUAUAAUUACUGUCCGUGUUCCUUAUCUGAAAUCACCUAUAUUUUUCAAUAAAAUUAAUAUUGAACAUCUGUCAGUCAUAGUUUUGUGUAUUUUUCUUACCUGUAGCCUAUCAAUAGUUAUGGAUACCAUUUUAUUUUUCUUCCUUGCUUUAUUUACUUAUUUUCUCAAGGUAACACUACUAGAGGAAGGAAGGAAGCAAUCGAGGCCCAGUUGGACAAACUGUUAGGCGCUGGCUGCACAGGAAGUGAUUACCCCUGGAUGGAGGCCAGCACUUUGGAAGGGAUCCAAAAUGUAGUUGUGAUGGUGAGUUCAAUGCUAAACGAAAAAUUCGAAAGCUGUCCUUAAACACCACCACCAUCAAAAUAGUUGAUACUCUCUGGCUGAUGUCAGGUCGUUUGGCUCUUUUAACAGACACGAUAUUUAUUUUUCAAGAAAGUGUAGCAGUAGGCAACUAGGGUUGUUGUGAUGUAUUUGAAACAUGUUUCAACUACUUUAAACUUCCGAGCAUCUUUUUUGUUGUGUUAUCGUGUCAGGGCUGAAUGUGCCCUCCACAUCCCCCUCCCUCCGAGACAGCUGCUCCAGGUCUCCAU